GAGAAGAAUAGACGCAAACUACUCUCCUGAUUUAUAUAAAAACACAUUUUGUGUACGACCAAAAUGCAACGAGUGAGCGAAAAUAGCUUUGCUUCAACUGCAAAAAUGCUUCAUAUCAAACCGAAUCGAUUCCGUACGUCAUUACCACAGAUCAUAGUAAGUUUGGUAACGACAUUGUUGCUAUUGGACAUUGGUGUGUCUGUUUCAUAUCCAACGGUGCUUAUCUCAGCACUAAGAGGUCUCCAUAAUGAAACCAAUCCGGAUGAAACGCUACAAAUGACCGCAGUCGAAGCCUCUUGGAUGGGUAGCAUUGGAUACGUAGGCAAGUUAUUUGGCAGUCUCGGGUGUGCAUUUUCAUCGGAAUACUUUGGCCGCAGAAACUCCAUGAUUUUGAUCAAUUUCCCGCAUUUAAUUGCAUUCUACCUGUUUUACUAUUCGUCAUCCGUUUGGAAGGUGUUUAUCGCUAAUAUUUUACUUGGUUUCGGUUCUGGUUUCAUGAAAGCCCCAUGUUCAACGUACAUCAGUGAAACGAGCGAGGUUUCGUUGCGCGGUGUUUUAGUUUCAAUGACCACAAUGGCCAUUACCGUUGGGCCACUAAUCAUCUUUUCGGUUGGAAAUUUAACUCCAUGGCGAAAUAUUGCACUUUACUGCUGUGCUGUUCAAAUUUUUACGACGAUAGUUCUUUGGUUUAUUCCUGAGUCACCGAUGUGGUUGCUCUCAAAACAGCGUGAUGAAGCCGCACUCAAAUCUCUGCAGUGGUUACGUGGAUGGGUGCCACAAAGUGCGGUUGAAUCCGAAUUUGAAUCCAUUAAACGUUACAAGGAAUCGUCAAAUUCAUGUGCGGCAUGUAAAAAAAUCAGCAAGAAAUGUACGCAUCUCAGCGCUCAAACCACAAGCCAAGCCGUCAACGAGCUAAUCCGAAAGAGGACAAUGAAACCAUUUCUCAUUUUAUUCGUAAUGUGCACUGUUUCAUACUUCUGCGGCACACAUCAUCUAACAUCGUUCAUGGUGCAAAUUCUCAACACAUACCGUUCGCCAAUGAACCCGAACUGGGCAUCGGUUUUAGUGGCAUCCAUCGGCGUGAGUGGUACACUGGCCGGCAUCAUUGGAUUAAAAAUGCUCGGAAAGAGACGACUUUUCUUGAUCGCUCUAAUUGGAACCACAUUAUCAGCAUUUGGCUUGACGAUUUACGGAUUUCUGUAUUUGCCACCAAACUCCAAAUCAUUUGAACAUAAACGUAACGAAGAAAUGGCAGACGCAUGUCUCCCACUAAUCAUGUUUUGUUGCAUGCGAUUCUUUACAACGAUCACACUUUUGAUACCGUUUACAAUGCUUAGUGAAUUAUAUUCGAUGAAAUCGCGGAGUAUGGCCUCGGCGCUGACAACAGGAACGAAUAAUAUCUUGGCAUUCAUUGCUAUCAAAUCCUUUUAUAAUUUGGAGCAUUGGCUGGAUUUACCUAGUACAUUUGGCAUUUAUUGCAUUAUCGGUGCUGUUGGAAUGGUGAUAAUGUACUUAAUUUUACCUGAAACGGAAGGAUGCACACUGGAAGAUAUUGAAAUCCAUUUCUCGGACAACAGUCGAAAAAUAACCGAUCGACAUAUAGCACGACGUUCAGACUGUAAAUCGAAAGACAUUUGCUGAAACCGAAGUCAUUUCAGAAAACAAAUUCAUGAAUAUUGAAUCGAAAAAAAAGAUUUAAAUACUCAAAAUAGAUCGCUUCAUUUAUAGAAGUUUCAAAUGUGAGAAUAGUACGUAAUAUUGAUCGGCUU